AGGCAAGCAAGAGGCAGCAUGUGUGCGUAUGUGCUGUAAUGUGUGUGUGUGUGUGUGUGUGUGUGUAGAGGCAAACGUUUCGCAGGAGUCCGGGAGAUGUCUCACUGAUGCAAGGAUUCCCCUGUCUGCUCUCGGAGAGGACACGUGCUGACUUUGUUUUAACCAACACAGGGAAUUAACUGUUACUCACACAGGAAACACUGGGAUCUUAAGCACAGGGCAAGUUGACACCGGCAUUUGAGGAUGUGUGGAGGAUCAUGCAGUCGGUGAGAGAUGACACCGAGCUGAUGUGGAGAAGCUAGUGAUGCGGCUGCUUAACCACAGUUGAAUCAUGGGAAACGUCGAAAGUCAGAAUGGGGACAGUGGUUUCUACGGCAACGCGUCGGGACACAUCUCCCGCAAACAGACGUCCAGGUCACUCCGGCUCCCCAACAAGCAGCCAAUCACGCGUCGUUCCCGGCUCUCUUCUUCAGUGAAACAGGAACACAGAAACUCUGAUGCCUCAACUCGCUCCUCCAGCACCCCCAGCAUCCCACAAUCCUUAGCAGAGAACGGACUGGAGCCUUUUAACGCAACCGAUGCACUCGAAGAGUUCGGCAUCAACCCUCACUGGACACAGCGCGUCGCUAUGACGAUGAGGCCGGAGUCCUAUCAACACGAUGACGACAACUUGGCCACGCCGACUCCUGAAACCUCGGAGGCGGACACCGUCGCUCAGGACGGAGGAGAGGACUCCACGGGGGAGGGGGAGGUCCUUGGGGAGGAAACGUACCUCCAGCGAAUGACUGAGGGUCCCCGGGAGGGAGGGAGUUUCAAGAAGAAGAGGUCCAAGUCGGCGGACAUGUGGAGAGAAGACAGCCUGGAGUUCUCUAUGUCGGACCUGAGCCAGGAGCAUCUGACCAGCACUGAGGAGAUCAUAGAUGGAGGAGAGGAAGAGGAGGAGGAACAGUUUGCAUGUCCAAGAGGCAAUGCAGGCGCAGCUGAAAGGGCAUCGUCUCUGGACCAUCUGUGCAGCCAGCAGAGUCCCGGCCUCAGGGGGCAGAGGAGCCGCUACGCUAAGAGCCGUCGGGAGGCCCAGUGCGAUGGAGAUGAAGAAGGGGAGGGGUUGAUGUCUCCAGCUGAAGAAGAUGGUGGCGGGUACGGAGCAUUCACGCUCCCCUGCCGACGCUCCCACUGCCUCUCAGAGGGCCUGGCAGGGCUCGGCAUGCCGUCUGCACCGUGCCCGGCUUUCCAGGGUCGGCGUGCACAAACUACUCAGGAUAUCUCGGGUGUUUUGGGUGAGGGAAGUGAGUAUGGGGACAGUGGCAUCGACGGCGUCACCACGGAGAUAGACGGGUAUGGAGAGUUGGUGUCACGGCGCUGUAAGGCCAUGUCGGCAUCGUUCUCCGUGUACUCUGCUACCGAAAGCAGCGUUUUCAACGGCAGCGACAGCGGCAGCAGCAGCGCAGGAGGAGGAGAGGGACGAGGCGGCGAGGGAGGGAGGGGAGGAGUUUAUGAGAAUUACCGAAAGGAGCUGGACAAUCAAGCAUGGACACAUCAGGGUAGGGACUGCACGGAGGAGGGCGGGUCCGCUGUUAGCGAUGAGCGCAGCAGUGGCACACUCAGCAGUGCAUAUCCAUCGGACGCUCUGAUUGGCUCUGCACAAGGCACAGUCAGAAAAGCAGGGGCUCUGGCCGUGAAGAACUUCUUGGUUCAUAAGAAAAACAAGAAGGUGGAACCUGCAACGAGGCGCAAGUGGAAACACUACUGGGUUUCUCUGAAAGGCUGCACACUUUUCCUGUACGAGUCAGACUGUCGCUCUGGGAUCGACCACAACAGCGUUCCCAAACAUGCACUGUGGGUGGAGAACAGCAUCGUCCAGGCCGUGCCUGAACAUCCCAAAAAAGACUUUGUUUUCUGCCUCAGCAACUCAGUGGGAGACGCCUUCCUCUUCCAGACUUCAGGCCAGACGGAGCUGGAGAACUGGAUCACGGCGAUCCACUCUGCGUGCGCCGCGGCUCUGGCCCGGCAGCACCACAGAGAGGACACAGUGAGACUGCUGCGAACAGAGAUCCGCAAGUUAGAGCAGAAGAUCGACAUGGACGAGAAGAUGAAGAAGAUGGGAGACAUGCAGCUGUCGACCGUUACCGACGCCAAGAAGAGGAAGACCAUAUUGGAGCAGAUCUUCCUGUGGGAGCAGAACCUGGAGCGGUUUCACAUGGAUCUGUUUCGCUGUCGGUGCUACCUGGCCAGCCUGCAGGGGGGCGAACCCCCCAACCCCAAACGCCUGCUGGGCUUCGCCUCGCGUCCAACCAAGCUGUCCAUGGGACGCCUGGGCAUCUUCUCCGUCUCCUCCUUCCAUGCACUGGUGGCAGCGCGGACAGAGUGCAGCAUCAGGAGGAGGAACCAGGCCAUGCCCCGGACCAUCAGUAAACGCCGCAGCCGGUUCUCCUCUCUCUGGGGUCUGGACACCACCUCCAAGAGGAAGACCAAGGGACAUCCUUCCAUCAACCAGGUCUUUGUUGAUGGGGUGGAGCCGGUGAGGAAACCUUUGGAGCGCAUGUUUGAAGACUCAGCCAGUGAGAAAUCUAAGGAGAAAGACGGCUCGGUGAAAAGCGUUCCUCAGCAAAACGUAGAGAGCGACAUUUGGGUUCCUGAUUACCUGCAGCCCUCCUGGGUGUGCCUCCCGAACAAUAAGCCUGUCCUGGCCAUCGUUCAGCCGGGGGAGACAGCGCUGGACGUCCUGAGCUCCGUCUGCAAGACCCAUAAGAUAGACCCCUCUGGACACUACCUGCGCUUGAAGAUGUGUAUUGACAACAAAGUGCUCUUUUAUGUUCCCACACUUGAAGAGGACAUCUCUGAUCUGCUCUACAAAGAGAUUGAGGUUUGCCCCAAAGCCACCAAGGUGAUCCGGUUCGACAAAGCCGAGUCCUGCACAAUUGGAUAUGGUUUUUCCGUGGCAGUCAUAGAUGAGGAAGGGACGCAGCAGCUCCAUAUUACUGAAGUGAAAGCAGAGGGACUAGCCUCAGCCAAAGGCCUGAAAGCAGGGGAUGAGAUUCUCUUGCUGAACGGUAAGCCAGCAUCCGCGCUCCAAAUGGACGAUAUGAGGUCCGCCUUUGCAAACCAAGCGCUGACCUUGAGUGUCAGCACCCUGCCCCAGAUGGACCCUCGGGUGCUGUGCCCCCUUCCCCCCCGGCGCUCUGAUGCAGAGCAGAACCCCACUACAGACAUCUUCUCCCAGAGCCAAGAGGACAUCCUGGAUGAAGUGUCGGGGCUGACAGUGGAGAGCCCAGAUCAAAGUAUGGAGGAAGGAUCUCGACUGACCCCGCAGAGUCCUGGAGAUUAUCAGGAAGACAAAACCUGCAUGGGGACAGGACAGAAGAGCACGGAGCAGGUCACUGCUUUCUGCCGCAGUCUCCAUGACAUGAAUCCACUGGAGUGCCCUAUGUCAUCCUCCUCAUCGUCGUCUUCGUCGUCCCUGUCCCCGAGCCCCGUGACAGCUUUACCCCCCGCUGCCACCCAGAGACAGCUCUCCCACGCGGACAAACUCCGCAAGGUCAUCAAUGAACUGGUGGAGACGGAGAAAACCUAUGUCAAAGACCUAAACUGUCUUAUAGAGUGCUACUUGACACCUUUGCAGAAAGAGAGCUUCCUUACCCAGGAUGAGCUGGACGUUUUGUUCGGUAACCUCGGGGAGAUGGUGGAGUUCCAGGUGGAGUUUCUCCGGACGCUGGAAGAUGGGAUCCGACUGGUGCCAGAUCUGGACAGACUGGAAAGAGUGGAGCAUUUUAAGAAAGUGCUCUUCUCCUUGGGGGGUUCCUUCCUGUAUUACGCCGAUCGCUUCAAGAUCUACAGCGCCUUCUGUGCCAGCCACACAAAGGUCCCAAAGGUGCUGGCUAAAGCAAAGACGGAUCCAGAUUUCAAAGCUUUCCUGGCUGAGAGAAACCCCCGACAGCAACACUCGUCCACUCUGGAGUCUUACCUGAUCAAACCCAUCCAGAGGGUCCUGAAGUACCCGCUGCUGCUCAGAGAGCUCUACUCUCUCACGGACCCCGACAGCGAGGAGCACUACCACCUGGAUGUCGCAAUGAAGGCCAUGAACAAAGUUGCCAGUCACAUCAAUGAGAUGCAAAAGCUUCACGAGGAGUACGGAGCGGUUUUCGAUCAGCUGAUCAACGAACAGACUGCGCAUAGAAAAGAGGUGGCGGACCUCUCCAUGGGGGAUCUUUUGCUUCAUUCUACGGUGGUGUGGAUCAACCCUCCAUCCUCCUUGACCAAGAGCAAAAAGGACCCCGAUUUGGCUGCUUUUGUGUUCAAAACAGCGGUUGUAUUUGUGUACAAAGACAGCUCCAAGCACAGGAGAAAAAUCGGUGGAUCUCACCGAGCGUCUGUGAGUGACGACAAAGACCCUUUCCGGUUCCGUCACAUGAUCGCAACGGACUCUCUUCAACUCCGUGCUCUUUCAAACUCUGAGGGAACAGCGGUGUGUGAGAUAGUUCACAUAAGAUCUGAAUCUGAGGGGAGGCCAGAGAGAACCUUCCAGUUGUGCUGCAGUUCUCCAGAUAGUAAGAAGGACUUCCUGAAAGCAGUCCACUCAAUCCUCAGGGAGAAGCAGCGCCGGCAGCUCCUGAAGACGGAGUCUCUGCCUCUCAACCAGCAGUACGUCCCGUUUGGAGGGAAGCGCCUGUGUGCCCUUAAAGGGGCGCGUCCCGGCAUGAACAGAGCAGAAUCAGCUCCAUCACGGACGCUGCCCCGCAGGAAGCUGGUGAGGAACCGCAUCACCAUCGACACCGACCUGAUCUUCCAUGGCAACAACAACAACAGCACUGAUCCAGAGACCACCCACCACUCCUCCUACCCAUCGAUGUCCCAGCAUGCUCUUCCUCAAACCCAAAAACCUCAAGGGGAGGACACUGACCGCUGGGUGGAGGAGCAGUUCGACCUGGGUUGCUAUGAGGACCAGGGUAUGGUGAAGGAGACGGACAUUUUGAGCGACGACGACGAAUACUGCAAGUCUGUCCGAGCAGCGUCUGCAGAACCGUCCGACCUGGAGGGAAAGAUGGAGAGACUGGAGCUACAGGGCGGAGAGAUGACGAGCCACAACCUGAACGGACGGGUGGAGACAGGAAGUGAGGUCAUGCUGAGCGUGAUGCAGGAGGAGGAAGUAGAACGGAUAAAGCUGUGUGACAAUUCAGGCUCCGUAGACUCUUUCUCGUCCUGCGGGGUCUCCAUCUCCCGCUGUUCAACCCCAGGUCUGACGCUCGCCCCCCUGAAGCAGUGUUCUGUGGAGGGGGCCUCAAACAAAGACCAUGAUGUCAUCUGGGUGCGACGGGACGACUUUGGUAACGGGUGCAACGGUGACGUCUUCUGAUUGGGAAUAAUAGAAAGAGGAAGAAAAUGAGCCAAAAGGGUGGUUUAUUAAACUUUUUUUACAUAAAGUAAGAGUGCAAGAAAACAGGGGACAGAUUGAACACAAGCUUUAAAUAUGUUGAAUUUGGAGGUAUUCGUGUAUAGGAGGAAUUUAACCUCAUCCAGUCCUCCCUGUGUUGCUACACAACCCCCUUCUUCCCACCUCUCCUGCAUCUCCCUUGUUCUGACAAUCCCAAAGUGCUGAACCACCGAGCGAGUGAGGGGAGCUUCUCAUCCCGAACUGCUUAAAAGUGAACCCAAAAGAAAACACGGUCCUCACUGUUUUUGGAUACCCAAACUUCACAUAAACCUCUGGAAUUGUAUGUGAACGUUUGAAAAAGACAGCACUGCAUGUGCACGCAAGUAAACAAGCAAAGUGUGUGUUUGUACACUGUCAGUACACAGGAGCACAGACACAUGUACCGUGCACACAUUACUGAAGAGACGUCAUCACUGAACCGGGAUCUUCUGGCCAAAAAUGUCUAUUUUUCAACACAGGAAUGUGGGUGUUAUAUUUUUCUGACUCAGAAACUGUUUGUAUUUUAACACUCAAAGGGCUGUGUGUUACUGAACUUUCUUCAGGUGCUUUUGGCUAAACGACUGCUGUGUAAAAAGAUGGUGAGAUCCAACUAGCUUUAUCGUGCUUUUUAACGUUUUAACUUAAUAUCAGCUGCACAUUGAUGUCUAGCCAGGAGUACAAUAGAGUGCCGUUAACCUCUUGUUAUGAAAAUGUUUUGAAGCUCACUUUUGUCUCCUCGCAUAUCCUAUUUGAAAGAAAGUGUACCUAAUCUUUAUUUAAUUAUUGCCUUUUGACUGUAACUUUCAAUGUUUACACCACACUCGGCUGCCCAGUUUUACAAACCACCUUUUGUGUGUUUGGUGCCAGAAACAAGCUUGACGGAGCCGUCGCUCGUGACCUUCACAUGAAUGUCCAGCCUAUGAUUUUGUUGCUCUAAUAAAAUGCAGUUGUUAUUUUGUUAACUCCAUCAAGGUCAUCGUUAUACUGGAUUCUUCUCACCCCUGAGGCCUCCUCAUGCUCCACAUCUUGGUUAAUAGCAUUAUAAUUCCUCCAACCAUCCUGUUUUACUUGAAUUUUCUUUGAUGUUUUGAAAGGAGUUAUUCAACAGAACCAUGUUGGUGACUCCAAGGAGAAUCAAACCGUUUUCCUCUGAUCUCAUCUCCUUCUCUCUCUCCAGCUCUUUGACCUUUGUCAUGUCAGAAAGCAUCACAACCACAGAAUAGCUGGUCGAGACAGACUUCACAUCCAUGACAUUUAUCAUCAACCCCUACUUAAGUCCUCUACUGCAUUUCUUCCAUUCUCCACCAGGCUGUGCUGUUUCACUUUAUGUUUUCACAACACGCUGAUUGCUGAACAGUCAUGCGCACCUUAAUGGAUGUAUUGAACAUGCACUUAAUACCCUACUGUGAGGGGAGGGGGGAAUCUGAGAGCUACUCUGAUACAGAGUGUGAGGAGAGUGGAGUAGAUAAUACACUUUGGAUGUUUCUUAUUGUGUUUUUAUUACGAUGCUGGUUUCUUAGGUUUUAGCUGUCUGGGUGACGGAGCCCAGCAGAGACGUUCAGACUGUGAGGUACAAUCACCUGGCCUUGGAGGCAAAAUCCUGUGAGACCCCCUUUGACUCCUCCCUUUGUACUUUUAAAACUGUGUUCGUACAUAAAACUGUGGAGUAUUAUCAAUUUUAUGUUAAAAUAAAUUUUCUAAAUUUA